AAGCAAUGCCAUAUAACUAGAAAAUGUACGCUAAGUUGACGGAUUCUGGGUCUCAAAUUAGGUCGAGGCAACACCAACUCCUGUCGAGGCCACGUACUAACAACCUCAGGCCAUAGAGCUUGUGAUAACUCACUCACGCUACAGUCAGUACUAACUCAUCGUUUACUAACAAAAAAUACAAACGCAUUCUCGUUCUAGACACUUGGUUGCGGAUUCGUAGUUUUUACGGUUCGUAAGUGAUAUUUGUCAUGUUGCCAUAGGACUCGAAAUCGCGACCUGACAGCAUCCCAAUCAAUUAAAAACUUAUUGGACAUGGAUGCCUACAUAGUGAUUCAAUGAACAAGCGUUGCCUAGCAAGGGCGACUGAGCCGAACCCCAUGGGUGCCCUUGCGUCCUUCUGGCAGCUGUCGCAAACGGCUCUCCUUGUCAUCUCAUGGUAUACUAUCAGCAUUGGUGAGUCUUCCCAAACGGCCUCGUUCUCCUUGCCGCACCGCCCCUUCAAUGCGCACCAUGGCUCAUCCAUUUGGCCACCCAAGUCUACUAUUUCCAUUCCAGUAACUUCCCUCUCCCCAACACCUGCAACCGCUUCCUCACACCUCCGCCUCGCAGCCACCCCAGCGCCGACACUGGCUGCCGAGUUCGCACUCACUCCUUCACCACAGCUUCUCCCAUGUCCCCAUUCCAGUACCCCCACCCCCUUCCUCUCCCGUACCUACGUUCACACUCCCCUAUACCUUCACUCUCCUCCCCUCCUCUCUCUCUCUCUUUGAGUGGACUUCGCCUUUGGCUGUUCACCCUCCCCCCCUCUCACCCCCCUCUCACCCUCCCAACAGCGCUCAUCAUCUGCAAUAAAUGGCUCAUCUCCGAAACCGGCUUCCACAGCACCUCCCUGCUCACCCUGACCCACAUGGCCAGCAGCGCAGCCGGCUCCUGGCUGCUGCUGGCGGCCGGGGUGGUGCCUCGGGAGCAGCGCCGCCUCACGCCACCUCAGCUGCGCAGUGUGGUGCUGCUGGCCGCCACCACCACCGUGUCCGUGGCCGCCUGCAUGGCCUCACUGGCACACCUGCCGGCCAGCUUCGUGCAGGCGAUAGCCGCGCUGUCUGGCGCAUGUGGCGCACCUGCAUGCAGCCCACCGCGGCAGCUUGGGGCCGCUGCUGGCGCUGUCGUGCGGGGCGGCGUUUGUAGCUAAUUGGGUGAACUUCCUGGUGACGCGGCGGCUGGGGGCGCUGACGCUGCAGGUGCUUGGGAACUUCAAGAAUGUGGUUGCUGCGGGCGCUGCGCUCCUGGUUUUCAAAAACCCCGUCACCCCGCUGGGGCUGCUGGGGUACGGCGUCACGGCUGCCGGCGUGUUGUCGUACAGUUGGCUCGUGGAGCGGAACCCGGCGGGCUGGCGCAGUCCGCCGCCGCUGGGUUGGCUGGUGACGGCAACAGGAGGGGGCGGCAGCAGCAGCGGUGGCAGCGGGAGUGGGGGCGGAGGCAGAGGCGGCGAUGCAGCAGGAGGAGG